UCGCUGCCUUGGUGGCAAAUUUCCUUCAACGUUAACUAUGAGGUUCCCACUUGCCUUUGCCGUGGUGGUUCUGGCCUUGACCGCAUGCUCAACUCUUUCGGACGCUCGAGAGAGUACAGAAAGUGUGGAGAAUACCCAGUUUCGUCACUACUUGCGCUUUGCCCGUGAGAUGGCCCUCAGAUAUUUCAGUGACCAGGAGCGCGCAGUCCGCGUGACGAAGAUAACGAAAGUCAGGAGGAAAGAUAACAUUGCCAGCAUUACCUUCGAAGCCGUGGACAUCAUGUGCAAACCUGGAGAGCGCUAUCCGAUUUGGCUGCAGUGUCCGGCACUAAACAACAGGGUGACGCAUUUCUGCAGCGGUAGCAUGGAGUUCCCUCGCAAGUUGUAUGGAAAAGUCAAGUACCUCACGACCAUUUGCCUUUCCAUGGAAUACCCACUACGGCCGCAGAGUAAUCUGGGCGCACCGUUCGUUGAAGCUUCAUACGAAGAGUAGACGGUGUAUAUUAUGCACGGCCAUCGUUACCACUCAUGGCCAAUCAUGAGCACUGUGUAGGCUUUCUCGCCGUUGUAAGAAUAAAAUGUUUCUUUUGUGGUUUGGAAC